AUGGCUAUCGAGGCAGACGAAGAUACCGUUAUGGGAGAAGCGGGCUCCCAUACCGCACCCCAUGUCGCCUCGCACCAGCCUGCCUCCACCUCUCAAGCUGUCUCUGGACAGCUCAAUGGGCGGUCGGACCCGUGGCUUGCACCCCCGCUCCUCGAGCAAUCCGUGAGGGUGCCAUUGCCUGUCCAAUCAACCAACCUACCACCUCCCGAGUCUACGGACCCCCAGGGAGUAUCACCGCCCAAAAGCUUGCCCAAAUCAUUGGACUCGGCUGAGAUCGAGGACCAGGACGACAGUCUUGUCGAGGAGAACUCGGACUGGUCUGACGACGAUGUAUCUGUCCGCACGGGCCUUCCCAUUGCCUCACUCGCUUCGGGGCUCUGCUACGAUGUCCAAAUGCGUUAUCACUGUGAAGUUCGACCAACGUCAGACGUGCAUCCUGAAGAUCCUAGACGGAUUUAUUACAUCUUCAAGGAGCUAUGUCGAGCAGGACUAGUGGAUGACCCGGAGUCCUCGAAGCCCCUGGUAGCGAAGCCUCUGAGUCGGAUUAAUGCCCGCAAUGCGACGGAGGAGGAGAUCUCGCUUGUCCAUACGCCAGAUCAUUUUGCUUUUGUCGAGAGCACCAAAGAUAUGUCGGAUGAUGAACUCAUCGCUCUAGAACAUACGCGAGAUUCCAUCUACUUCAACAAGUUGACGUUCGCGUCGUCGCUGCUGUCGGUUGGAGGGGCCAUUGAAACAUGUCUGGCUGUUGCUCGACGACAAGUAAAGAACGCUAUCGCCGUGAUUCGACCUCCUGGCCACCAUGCUGAGCACGACAAAACCAUGGGAUUUUGCUUGUUUAACAAUGUAUCGGUUGCGGCUCGCGUGUGUCAGAGAGAGCUGGGCGAGGAUUGCAGAAAGAUCUUGAUUCUGGAUUGGGACGUUCAUCAUGGAAAUGGCAUCCAAAAAGCCUUCUACGAUGACCCCAACGUUUUGUACAUCUCACUUCACGUGUACCAAGAUGGUAAAUUCUACCCAGGGGGCGAUGAGGGUGACUGGGAUCAUUGCGGAAACGGCGCUGGCCUUGGACGGAAUGUCAAUAUACCGUGGCCAAGCCAAGGUAUGGGUGAUGGAGAUUACAUUUACGCGUUCCAGCAAGUGGUGAUGCCGAUUGCACAGGAGUUCAACCCUGAUCUAGUAAUAAUCGCCUCUGGAUUUGACGCUGCUGUUGGAGACGAACUCGGAGGGUGCUUUGUUACACCAUCUUGCUAUGCUCACAUGACGCACAUGCUUAUGACCCUUGCAAACGGCAAGGUUUCCGUCUGCCUCGAGGGUGGAUACAACUUCCGAUCAAUUUCCAAGUCGGCGCUUGCAGUCACGAAAACCCUCAUGGGGGAUCCACCCGAUCGCCUUCAUUCGACAUCCCCUUCAGAGCUUGCAACGACUGCCGUGAGACGAGUCAUGAUGAUUCAGUCGCAAUUCUGGAAAUGCAUGUUCCCCAAGGGCGCAGAGAACCAGACGGUUUGGACCGAGAGACUUCACGACGUGAUUCGACACUAUCAGGCCAAACACCUCUACGACAACUGCAAGCUCACGUCACUCUACAUCUUCCGCAACGGAAUAUCGAAAUCGUUCGAGAACCAAGUCCUGGCCAGUCCAAACUACUACCAGCGCGUACCACUCCUAGUGAUCUUCCAUGACCCACCUGAUAUCAUGGGCCUACCUCACCCCGUUACUAAUAAACUGGAGGCCCAUAAUACCUGGCUUGCUGAUGCUGCGAAGGACUAUGUUGAAUGGGCGACCGGUAAAGGAUACGCCGUGAUCGAUGUUAACAUACCCAAACAUGUGACGACUGAACAAGCAUCUGGUAAAUAUCAGGAUGAGGAUACCAACCGGCCUAGCGCCACAGAGGAAUUGGCUGGAUAUCUGUGGGAUAACUAUAUCGAACCCAACGAGGCCACUGAAGUGAUUUUCAUGGGAGUUGGUGACGCAUUCUUUGGGGUUGCCAAUCUCCUCAUCAAUAGAGAUAACCUGUACAAACGAGUGAAUGGCGUUGUGGCCUUUGUUGCCGAAAACCCCGUCCGAGCGAUCGCCUCCGGCACCCAAACAUGGCUGUCGAGAUGGUACAAAGAUAACUCGCUCGUAUUUGUUUCACACACGCAUGGAGUCUGGAAGACGGAGCCUCGGCGUAAGCCGUCAAAACGAUACGGCCACCUUCUCGAGUCGCCCAAAGCCGGCCUCACGGAGAUGCUGCUGCAUCAUAAGGAUGAAGUGUACAAGUGGAUCGAGGAACGAGUCGAUGUUCGGGACAGCGACGAGACAGAUGAGGAGCAGCGGCCGGCGGCGCCAACAACGGGCAAUGCAGGUGCAGCGAGAUGA